UCAAGUCUCCUCACACCUCUUUCCCUAUCUGCAUUUUCUCUUAACCCUCCUAUUUGGUGCUACCAAGUUUAUAAUAUGGAACAAACCCUCUGCUUUGAAUUUGAGCAUGAAUUUGUCCAAAACACCGAAAGAGUAAAAUCUGUUGAUCUACAUCCAACUCAACCAUGGAUUCUACUGGGUUUAUAUUCAGGAACUGUUUCUAUUUGGAAUUAUCAGACAAAGUCUGAAGAGAAGUCUUUAAAAGUCAGCGAAUCCCCUGUGAGAUCAGCAAAGUUCAUUGCUCGGGAAAACUGGAUUGUUGCAGCUACGGAUGACAAAUACAUUCGCGUCUACAGUUAUGACAAAAUGGAAAAGAUUGUCGAAUUCGAGGAACAUAAAGAUUAUAUAAGGAGUUUGGCAGUUCAUCCUUUCUUGCCAUAUGUAGUGUCAGCUUCAGAUGAUCAAGUUCUAAAAUUGUGGAAUUGGAAGGAAGAUUGGUCUUGUGUUGAGAAUUUUGAAGGCCAUUCACACUAUGUGAUGCAGGUGGCAUUUAACUCACAGGAUCCCUCUGCCUUUGCUAGUGCAUCCCUUGACGGCACCUUGAAGAUUUGGAGUCUUGAUUCCUCAGUACCAAAACUUACCCUGGAAGGACACAACAAAGGAGUGAAUUGUGUUGAUUAUUUCAUAAGCAAUGGCAAGCAAUAUCUUUUAAGUGGCUCUGAUGAUUACACUGCCAAGGUUUGGGAUUAUCAGUCUAGAAACUGUGUGCAGACACUUGAAGGACAUGAAAACAAUGUCACUGCCAUAUGUGCUCAUCCUGAGCUCCCUAUAAUAUUAACAGCUUCAGAGGAUUCUACUGUUAAAAUAUGGGAUGCUGUCACUUACAGGCUUCAAACCACGUUGAACUUUGGUCUUGAGAGAGUAUGGACUAUUGGCUACAAGCAAGGAUCAUCUAAGCUUGCUUUUGGAUGUGACAAAGGCUUCGUCAUCGUUAAGAUUUCAGAAGGAAGAAUCCAAUAAGCCAACCUCUGGUAGCCAGAAGACAAGUAGUUUGCUGAGCUUAACCGCUAAGAGAGCAUGAUAUUCUGCAGUUAUAUUAAAGUUUGGUUCUAAGUUGUUCCUAGAAUAAAUUAAUUUAGAAUCUAUAUCUUUCAUUAUGUAAUGUAAUAUACUAGCUAGUGUCUGAUUGAUGUGUUUUCGUUUUGUGUGAUGUGUUCAAUAAAAUGUGUAAAAUAGUUUGAGGAACUUAA